AUGAGUUCAGAUUGGGCAAAACUUUGUGACCAAAAUUUGGAUUUAGUUUUAGAGAAAUUAGUGGCAUCGUCAGACUAUUUGCGAUUCAGUCUUGUUUGUAAGUCAUGGCAUAGUGCAGCCAAGGAUUAUCAAAGACGUGGUAAGAUGUCAACUUUUGAUCAUCAUCCUCCAAUGCUCUUGAUAUCUACCGGCAAAAACGGUAUAUGGAGAUUAUACAAUGUCAUGAAUGAUCGGAUCUUUGAUUUGAAAUUAAAAUUGUCAAAUAAGCGAUUUUGUGGGUCUUCAAAAGGAUGGUUAAUAGCUAUGGAUAAGAGCUUUACUGUAACCCUAACAAAUCCAUUUGUUAGGGCCAAAGGGGGGAGAAUGAAAGAAAAUUCAAUCAUUCGCCUGCCUCCGCUAAUCCCCCAAGAUCCAGAUGACUUGGUCGGUUGGGCUCAUGCCCCCAACUAUUUUCUUUUGAAGGCCACGCUUUCAGCAGAUCCAAUAUUAGAUGCAAACAACUGCAUUGUUCUGAUCAUAUACGAGGACCAAUGUCAAAUGGCAUUUAUUAGACUUAAUAAAGAUCCAACAUGGACUUAUGUUUAUCAACAUUGGAAUGGGAUUGAAGAAGUUGUUCAUGUUGAAGAUAGCUUUUAUGCCGUUACCAUUCGUAAUUACCUUAUAGGUUUUGAUAUAACUAGUCAGUCUAACUCAGACGAAAAAUUAGUUGCAAAACGCCGGGCACCAGAUCAUCCGCAAAAGACAUAUCUCGUGAAUCCAAAUGAGAAAGAAUUGUGGAUGGUUCACAAACAUAUUGAUAUUGAAGACGACAAAACACAGGUGACAUAUGAAUUCAAAAUUUUUGAAUUGGAUUAUGAGAAGGGUAAGUGGAGUGCCAAAAAAACCUUAGGUGAUGUUGCACUCUUCUUGGGUGAUAACUCUUCUAUAUCUGUGUUGGCUUCAAAGUUUCCAGGAUGUCAACCGAAUUGCAUAUACUUCAGCCACGACGAUACACGUGUUGCACAUGAUGUUGGACCUCAUGGACCUCAUGAUUUUGGUGUUUAUAACGUUGCAAGUGGAAGCUUUCACUUUGGAGUUUUUAAUAUCACAAGUGAAAGCGGUACAUGUAUAAGGAAACUAAUUAAGAAGAGUAGGUCUCCUCCAAUUUGGGUUGUGCCAAAAAUUCAGUUGUAA